AUGGAACAGAGAAGAGUGGCCCUCCUGUUUCUUCUAUUUCUACAAUCAGGUCAAGGAGACCCCCUGGAAAACUACGUAAAUACCGAGGGGGCUUCACUGUUCAGUGCCACCAAGAAGCAGCUCGAAGCAAGAAGCACAGACGAAUGCGCCACCAAAUGCGAGGAGGAAACCGCGUUCACUUGCAGGUCGUUCCAAUAUCACAGUAAAGACCAGCAAUGUGUGAUCAUGGCUGACAACAGCAAGUCUUCCACCGUCCUCAGGAGGAGAGAUGUCAUUUUGUUUGAAAAGAGAAUGUACCUUUCAGAGUGCAAGACCGGAAACGGAAAGAACUACAGGGGCACGACGGCCAAAACCCGCGACGGGGUCGCCUGCCAGAAGUGGAGCGAUGUGACUCCUCACAGACCCAAGUUUACCCCUGAUAAAUUCCCUUCCGAGGGGCUGGAGGAAAACUACUGCCGGAACCCAGACAACGAUGAGAAGGGCCCGUGGUGCUACACCACCAACCCGGAGCUCAGAUUCGACUACUGUGGCAUUCCUGAGUGCGAAGAAGAGUGCAUGCACUGUAGUGGAGAAAACUACCAGGGCAAAGUUGCCAAGACCACAUCCGGACUGGACUGCCAGGCCUGGGACUCUCAGAGCCCACACGCCCAUGGCUAUAUUCCUUCCAAAUUUCCCAGCAAGAACUUGAAGAUGAAUUAUUGCCGUAAUCCUGAUGGGGAGCCCCGCCCAUGGUGCUUCACCACGGACCCCAACAAACGCUGGGAGUUCUGCAACAUCCCCCGCUGCACAACACCCCCACCAUCAUCUGGUCCAACACAUCAGUGUCUGAAGGGAAAAGGUGAAAGCUACCGAGGGAACGUGGCUGUUACUGUAUCCGGGCACACCUGCCAGCACUGGAGUGCACAGACCCCUCACAAGCACAACAGGAGCCCGGAGAACUUUCCCUGCAAAAAUCUGGAUGAAAACUACUGUCGUAACCCUGAUGGAGAAAAUGCCCCUUGGUGUUACACAACGAACAGUGAAGUGAGGUGGGAAUACUGCAAGAUUCCGUCCUGCGAGGCAUCCGCAUCGUCCACGGAGGCCACAAGUAAGAAAGGGGGAUUGCCACCCGAGCAAACCCCUGUGGUUCAGGAGUGCUACCGGGGCAACGGACAGAGUUAUCGAGGUACCUCAUCCACCACCAUCACAGGGAAGAAGUGUCAGUCUUGGUUAUCUAUGACACCACACCGGCACCAGAAGACCCCAAGAAACUUCCCAAAUGCUGACUUGACAAUGAACUACUGCAGAAAUCCUGAUGCUGAUGAGAGACCUUGGUGUUUCACCACUGACCCAAGUGUCCGAUGGGAGUACUGUAAUCUAAACAAAUGUCCAGAGACAGGAGGAAGUGUCUCAAACUCCUCUGCUGUGUCCCAAGUUCCAAGUGUUGAGGCUUCUUCUGAUACAGAUUGCAUGUUUGGGAAUGGCAAAGGGUAUCGGGGCAAGAAGGCCACUACUGUCACUGGCACUCCAUGCCAGGGGUGGGCUGCCCAGGAGCCCCACAGGCACAGCAUUUUCACUCCAGACACGAAUCCCCAGGCAGGUCUGGAGAAAAACUACUGUCGCAACCCAGAUGGAGAUGUCAACGGUCCUUGGUGCUACACAAUGAACCCAAAGAAGCUUUAUGACUACUGUGAUGUCCCUCUGUGUGCAUCCUCCUCAUAUGACUGUGGAAAGCCCAAGGUGGAACCGAAGAAGUGUCCUGGAAGGAUUGUAGGUGGGUGUGUGGCCAAUCCCCAUUCUUGGCCCUGGCAAAUCAGUCUCAGAACAAGGUUUAGAAAGCACUUCUGUGGAGGCACCUUAAUAUCCCCGGAGUGGGUGCUGACUGCUGCCCACUGCUUGCAGAGGUCCCCCAGGCCAUCAUCAUACAAGGUUGUUCUGGGCGCGCACGAAGAAGUGAAUCUUGAAACACACGUUCAAGUAAUCGACGUUUCCAGGAUGUUCUUGGAGCCCACACGAGCAGACAUUGCCUUGCUGAAGCUAGACAGCGCUGCCAUCAUCACUGACAAAGUCAUACCAGCUUGUCUGCCACCCCCGAAUUAUGUGGUUGCUGACCGGACAGAGUGCUACACCACUGGCUGGGGUGAGACUCAAGCCACCUUUGGUGCAGGUCUUCUCAAGGAGGCCCAGCUGCCUGUCAUCGAGAACAAAGUGUGCAAUCGCUACGAGUAUCUGAAUGGAAGGGUUAAGUCCACCGAGCUCUGUGCCGGGCUCUUGAUUGGAGGUGCAGACAGCUGCCAGGGUGACAGUGGAGGACCUCUCGUUUGCUUUGAGAAGGACAAAUACAUUUUACAAGGAGUCACUUCCUGGGGUCUUGGCUGUGCACAGCCCAAUAAGCCUGGUGUUUAUGUCCGUGUUUCAAAGUUUGUUCCCUGGAUUGAAGCAGUGAUGAGGAGUAAUUAA